AUGCAAUCUAUCUAAAACGAGUCAAAUUCACAAGAAGGAGGAGUGGUUGAGCAGAUAAACUUUCGAGGACCACUCUGCAAAUGCUUUAAACUCUUCUAAAUCAUCAAAGGUCUACUUUUGCCAAGCAGGCAAUAAUCAGAAUCACAAGCUAAUACAAGUUCUUAGAUCAGAUGGUAGUUUGCAAGGGAUUUACUAGAGGAAGACAGUCUUCCCUUACUUGAGUUUGGAGAUCAUCCAUCACUUUUAAUUUUGGAUAAAGAAUGCUAUUUCAGUGGCAUUUGUAAAUAAAUAUUCACUGAUUUGAAGGCAAAUUUAAUUGUACCUAAUAGCAUUAGUGGUAUCCUUGCACUCAAGAAACUUAUAAUUGUUCACAAAGAUUUUGAGGAGAGUUAAGCAAAUAACUUCAAGAAUGAUAGAUUAAAGACUGAUAUAUUUGUUAAGAUGGUUAAAACCUUUCCUUCAAUAAAAACACUUAAAUAAGAUUUGAAAUAGAACAAAGAAAAUCCAGAUAAAUUUCUAAAGCAAGACUGGCUUUUGAUAAAGUUAAUUCUUGAUUUCUAUGAAACUUACUAUAUAUUCAAGAACCCAACAAACUUUGAUAUGAUACAAAAGAGAGUAUUACCUCUGAAAUUGUAGAUAUUUAAGAAUCUAAGUGAUUCAGAUUACGAUUAGAUUUUUAAACUUUAAAAUACUAUAAAGAAUGAUAACUGUCUAAUGCAAGAUUAAGAUCAAAAUAAAAUUAUAGCAAAGGAGUAAUAUCUAAGAGAGAUCGAGGACAAGAUCAUGAACUACUCAAAGAAUAACUUUAAACAUAAUUAAUUUAUCUUGUGA